CCACCAUGCCACCUGUUGGCCCCUCAUGUCUGGUUCUUGACACCAACAAUGUGACUUCUGUUACCACGCUGACUGCUGUAGCCGUGACGUCUGACCCUUGAUCAGGAUGUCCUGCUAUUCCCAAAUUCUAUCCUCCACUCUCUGCAGAGCUCCACCUUCUCCAGCCAGGCCCCGGACCCCAAGGUGACCAGUAUGUUCGAGCUGAGCGGGCCGUUCCGACAGCAGCACUUCCUGGCUGGGCUCCUGCUGACGGAGCUGGCGCUGGCCCUCGAACCUGAGGCCGAGGGGGCAUCUCUGUUGCACAAGAAAGCCAUCAGUGCUGUGCACAGUCUCCUCUGCGGCCACGACACCGACCACCGCUACGCUGAGGCCACCGUCAAGGCCCGUGUGGCUGAGCUGUACCUGCCACUGCUCUCACUCGCACGAGACACGCUGCCACGGCUCCAUGACUUUUCUG